AGGCAGUAUGUAUGUACUCUUUUGGCUUGUCCUGCUCUGUGUAAAAUCUCCAGAAGCGAUGGCUGGUACAGUUUAUCAGUUUCCACCGUCAGUGCAAGUGAGAUCGGGUGGCACGGUGACCAUGCACUGCCAGCUGACUGAGGUGCAAUCAUUUUGUCACGCAUUGGCCUGGGUGAGAGUUCACCCGGAGAGUGGAAUAAUUUUCAUUCUGCAGGACUCAGCCAUUCCUCUUCUGAUCACAGAUCAGGCGAAGAGCACAGUAUGUCAGGCUUCUGUCUAUAAUGCAACGGUACAAGACUCUGGGACAUAUUACUGCAUCGCUACAGACAGUGAGCAAAUGUACCUCGGGAAUGGCACAACUGUCACAGUACAAGCUGUCAGCACAGCAUCAGCACCAUCUAUUGAAGUCAUGGCAUUUGCCAGCAGCAACAAACAUGACUCCACAAUCACUCUUCAGUGUACGAUUGGGGGAUUUGCUCCUUCACAGUAUCAGAUGAGGAGUGGAGGAGAGUAGAAGAGUGCACCUGUGUUGUAAAUUUUGCUGGAUACACAUUCAACAAAACUCUACAUUAUUAUGGUAAAUUACUUUCCAAAGUCUAUACUCAUCAUGCUAUCAAAUGAAAUGAUCCAUUAUCUUUCAAAAGUUAGGUUCAAA